UUGACAUUCGUUCGAAAUGAAAGUGCUCGUGGUUCUAGUCAUAGCGGGCAUAGCCUUGGCGGCAGCCCUGGAGCAGCCCGUGCCCGUGAAGGACAUGCCCGUGGGCAAGAGUGUGAACGGACGCAUCACCAUGGGCUAUCCGGCGACCGAGGGCAAGGUUCCAUACAUUGUGAGCCUCGUUUUUAGCAAUGCCAACGGCGGAUCUUGGUUCUGCGGCGGUUCCAUCAUUGGCCACACCUGGGUCCUCACGGCCGCCCACUGCACAAACGGCGCCAGCUCCGUGACCAUUGCCUAUGGCUCUGUGAGGCGCCAGCAGCCACAGUUCACGCAUGUGGUGCAGCAGAACGACAUUCAGCAGCACGAGGCAUACAGCACGAAGACCCUCAACAAUGACAUCUCCUUGAUCCGCACACCGCACGUGGACUUCUGGUCGCUGGUGGACAAAGUGGAGCUGCCGCGCUACGAGGAUCGCUACAACAAUUACUAUGGCUGGUGGGCUCUGCUCUCCGGCUGGGGCAAGACCUCCGAUGACAGCGGCGUCUCCGAUUACCUCAACUGUGUGGACAUUCAGAUAGCUGACAAUUCCGUGUGUGAAUCCUACUACGGCUCCACCACCAUCACGCCCAACCAUGUGUGCAUUGCCACACCCGAGAACAAGGGCUCCUGCAGCGGAGAUUCCGGUGGUCCUUUGGUUCUCCAUGACGGCAAUCGCCAGGUGGGCAUUGUGUCCUUUGGCUCCUCCGCUGGCUGUUUGUCCAAUAGCCCCAAGGGCAUGACUCGGGUUACUGGCUACUUGGAUUGGAUACGCGACCACACGGGCAUUUCCUACUAAAGAUCAUCAAAGAUUGAACAAAUAAAGAACAAGUACUG